AUGGAUCAUCGCAUGUCUGGAAUUGGCAAAGGAAUUAUUACUUCCUCAAGCAAGCCUGUAUAUCCAUUUUACAAACCUGAAUACUCUUUUGCGAAUUCUCCAAAUCCUAUAAAUUACUCCUUUCAGCAGCCUCACAGCGUGUCUCCUUUUCGAAGCCCAAGCUAUGCAAAAAUAGAAAAUAAAAUAGAAAAACUUAACAAACAAAUUGAAUUUAAGCAAGAGCGUUACAAAGACAAAAAACUUGCCCACAGCUUUAUUUCUUUAUUAAAUGAGUAUGAUAAACGCGCACAAGUUCCUCCUGCACCUGUUAAACCUGCGACUCCUAAGUACAAUGAAAUGCCAGUCUUAUUUGCAUCACUACAAAAGCAGCAAGAAAUAAUGCUGCGCAUGAUCGAAAACAUGAACAAGAAAAAUCAACCAAUAGAAGAAACGAAAGGGUUUUAUCAAAAUCCUGUACAAAAUCCACAAAUACAGUUUCAGGGGCAGACUACUACUCUUGUAGAGGAGCAGUAUAAGAGGGUAAAAGAAAAUCCUCACUCCCCCCCCUUUAAAUUGGAACUAAAAAUUUUGUUCCAAUUUAAAGGGGGGUUAAUUUUAUUUUUUAAAAAAAUAUCAAUAUAAAAUUUUUUAUAAAAUAUAUAUAAAAAUUUCAACAAAAAAAAAAUUCAAAAACUUAUCGAAUUAGAUCAAUAAAUUUGUUUAAUAAAAUGCUAUUUACUCUUUAUCCUUUAAAACAAAGCAAGAUAUAACUAAAUUUUCAUUAUUAAUUAAUACGCCACUAUUAAUUGGUAUCAAAAUUAUUUACACAAAAAUUAUUAUUUUGAUUGAUAAAAAAAAUUUAAAAAACAAAUUUUAGAAAAAUUUAUCGAUCAAAGUGCUAAUUUUGUUUAAAUAAGAUGUUAUUUAUACUCUAUUCUUUAAAAUAAAGCAAGAAAUAACUAAAUUUUGAAAUUAUAUAAAGAAUUCCUAUUGAAUUUAUAUCAAAACUAUCCAAAUAAAAAAUAUCAUUUUUAUAGCUCAUGUAUCUUAAUAGAUCUCUAUACCCCAGCAGAAUACCGACCAGAAAAAAUAUGUACAGGGCACCUACCUUAUACAGUAUAAGUCUGAUUAGGUACCUUAAAACCAUAAACGGAGAUUUGUCAAUUUUGUUUUUUACUUUUAAAAAAGCUGACAAGUACAAAUUUAAUUUUGGAAAUUAAAAUGGAUGGCCAAUAAUGAUCUAAAAUAUUUCAGGGGCUAUAUCAAAAAAAACAAAAUUUUUUUGAAAAUUUUUAAAAAAAAAAAAUUAAUUUUUUUUUAAAAAUUUACCAAUUAAGGAUAAUAAAUUUAUUUAAAUAAGAUGUUCUUUAUACUUUUCUUUAAAAAAGAGCAAGAUAUAACUAAAUUUUUAUUUUAGUUAAGAAAAAACAUUUAGCUUAUAUCAAAACUUUUUAGAUAAAAAUUAUAUAUAAUUUUUUAUCAUAAAAUUAAAUUUUGUUCCAAUUUAAAGGGGGGUUAAUUUACCAAAAAAGUGGAAAUUUUUACCGAUAUUUUGUUCCAAUUUAAAGGGGGGGGAGUCAGGGAAUUUAAAAGGGUACUUGCAGAGUUGAAUUUUGAUGAUGACGAAGCUGAGUUAUAUGCAGAUGCAGAAAAAAGAUAUAGAUAUGAUGCUAAUUUAUCUGAUGAAGAAAAAUUUAAGAUUUUGCAAAAAAUGGCAGCUGAGAAACGUCAAAGAGAACAUGAAAUGAGAGUUGUAGGACUAAGAGGGAAAAGUUUAUUUCGAGCUAUAGGAUAUGCUGUAUUAUUCCCAAUUAUGGCUAUAAGUUCGCUUCUUGAGAAAAAGGGAAAGAAAAAGUUUGAAAAUAUCAACAACAUGGAAUCUUCUAUAAAAAUUUUUACAGAAGUUGCAAAGGAAUGAACAAUGAAAGCUAUUAAAAUUCCGCUUACUUCCAUCCUAAAUGACCCAAAACUUGAUUUAAGUUUGUCAAACAAAGACAACAAUUUGAGAGAGACAGAAUUCAUUAAAGCAAAAAUAUUAAAAACCCAAGUAAGAGUAAAAGGAAUUUUAGAUUGCUUACUCCUCUCUUUAUAGGAAUAAAAGCUCUUUCAAAUUUAAAAGUUUUAUUUAUUUUUAAGGGAUAUCAAAAACAAAAUUUGGUGAUAUUUGCCAAUUUAAAGGGGAAGUUAAGAGAAAAUACUACUGAAGAACUAAUGCGAGUUCCUUUGCGUGUUUUUAUCGAUAAAUUGAUCGACGACGGGUCUUAUAUCCCUCAAGAUUAUUUAAUGCCUUUUGAGAGAUCUAGACUUGAAACGGACGAAUUUGGAGCAUUAUGACAGCAAAACGAUAAUAAGCGCAAGAUGCUAGUAGCCACAUUUUUUAUAUCAAGGAUUAUUGUGAGAGAUUUUUGUUUAAAUAGCCAAGAAAAUCAUAUACCAGUAAGACCAGGCUCUAAAACCCAACAGUAAUAUUUAUAAAGAAAUUUAAGAACUAUAGGAUCUAUAUUGCAGCACAUUGUAUUGAUGACAUUUUGCAAAACUGGAAGGCAAGCUCAAGAAGGCUUAAUUGAUGAAAACGAAAUUUUAGCAAGAAGAAAAGGUGAAAAAUUAAGACCUGUAAAAUUUUAUAUAGAGAAAUGAUGAUGGGAUUUCUGAUAAGCUCCAAGCUGUAUCUGAGUAUGAAAUUAUUUACAGAUCGAUGGAAAAGUUUUUUUUAGAUAUGCAAUAUUCGUUAGAUUCUUGGACUGGCCAUGUAGUUAAGUUAAAAGUUAUGUUGGCCAUAAGCCUUCAACUCUCAGUUCCAAAAGACAGUUAUCAAAGACCUAAGGUUCAAAUGAGAAAAAUGAACGGCUGCAAUUUUUUAUUCCGACCUGGAUCACCUGUCCAAGGAUUCAAAUCUCUAGGGCAGAGCCACAACCUGAAGCUUGACACGAUUGUUCCUAUAAGGAAGGGGAGGAGGGCUUUACUUAAAUAGGACGGAAAUUCACCUACUUACCCUUAUGGACUAGUUUUAUAAAUUGGCAGAAUCUAGCCUAAAUCUUCUUCAUCUGAGCUUGCCCAAACUGCGGGUCUAGCCUUGACUGACGCAACGCUUCCAAUCCAAUCUGAUCUUCUAGCUUCUAUCCAUAUAUCUACUUUAGCAUCUUUUUAUAAAAAACUCUUGAUUGUCCUGUUCCUCUAGGGAGGGUAGGGUCUCGAUAAGGAAAUGCAAUGUUUUAGACAAAGCCUCUCUCUAGCCUAUCUGCAAAGAAGGAAAUUCUUCGAGAAAGAAAUAAAAACUUCCCUGCUCAACAAGGCUUCCCUAAACUUAAAGGCCCUCUUUAAAAGUGGGAGAGGCAUUGCUUUCAGCUUCAUCAGGAUAGGUCCUAUCUGCUGCAUAGCAAUAAAAAUUAGUUAUCACUCCUUAUGGAGUCAAUCUUUUCUUAAUCUAACAAUAUUCCCAAUGAAUUUACCGAUUAUUUGGCUUCUAUUUUUUCUCUGUAUCUCCAUCACCUUCCGUCCAGACUUCACCUUCUUCCAUAAUCUCACAUUUUAAUUCUUCAUGCAGUUAGUUAAAAGUUUUAUAUGGCCAUAAGCGGGACUCCCACUAGCCGGAUUACCUUAUCUCCAGGAAAGGUGACCUAUGCUGGGGUCUAUAUACACCUGAGUGCAAAUGGCGUAACGCUCAACCAAAAUGCACCCUCUUGAAUUUACUUGCAAAAAAUCAUCUAGCCUAAGGAUUAAGUACAUAGGCUAAAUCCACCCUCUGCUGGGUGCCCCAAUAAUCACGAUAUACGAAGUCAUUUGAGAGGCAAAAACCUGUCUAGCCAUCUGGAAAGCACAUGAAAACCUUCGGUGAUAAACAAAACUUUCCUCUUCGGCAAGGUUUCUCCGAAUCUGAGGCCUACUCAAAAAGAGGCAGAGAUUCUGUUUUCAGCUUCAUCAUGAUGGCUCAACCUUCUCCACAGGGAGUGCACCUAGAAAUCAAUUUCCAUCAGUUCCACCAUUUUAUUUCGUGAUGCAGUUAGGAUGGUAUAUAGAGCUAAAUAUAAGUAA